CGAAGGACAACCAGUAAACGUCAAACGUAACCUCCGAAAAAUAAAGUUGCCUGUCAUAGUAAAAAGCCUAAAAACUAGACAAAAAUGACGAAAAAAUUUAAACUAAGUGCUUCUCUGUAUGGACAUUCAUUGGAUGUAAGAAGCGUUGCUGUCACUUCCAACAAUUCAAUAGUUAGUGGCUCACGAGAUAAAACUGCAAAAUUUUGGAGCCCUAAUAGAAUUGAUACCGGUUACACGCCUAUACAGACUUACCGAGAUCAGAAAAACUUUGUCAUUGCGGUUCUGUAUUUGGAACCCACCGAUGAGUACUCAGACGGUUUAGUUGUAACAGGGGGAAAUGACAAUAUGAUUAAUGUUUAUAAACCAUCGGAACCGUUUACUACAUUUACUUUUAAAGAACAUUCUAACGCUGUUAGCUGUUUUUCAAAGUAUUCAACGAAGAACUCAUUUCUGAGUGGAUCGUGGGACUGUUCAGCGAAAUUGUGGAUUGCUGGUAAGCCCAAUUCGGUGAUAACAUUCACGGGUCAUUCAGCUGCCAUUUGGGCAAUCAUCCAGUUGAAGAAUUCUAACGUUGUCACGGCUUCGGCAGAUAAAACUAUUAUUUUGUGGAAUAGUAACGGAACACGAAUAAAUUCACUAAGUGGACAUUCUGAUUGUGUGAGAGGGCUGUUAGAUCUACCUGAGCUGAAUCAGUUUGUUUCGGUGGCCAACGAUGCAACGAUCCGAACUUGGUCCUACGCUGGAGAAACGCUUAACAUUUUAUAUGGACACACUAAUUACAUAUACAGCAUCGCGAGAUGUAAAGCUGCAGGUGAUAAUUCCUUCGUGACGUCAGACGAGGAUCGAACUGUUCGAUUUUGGCAUAAUGGAGAAAACGUAGAACACUUUCAACUACCAGCGCAAUCGGUUUGGUCCGUCGGUUGUUUGUCUAAUGGUGAUAUCGUCACGGGUUCAAGCGACGGCGUAGUCAGGGUUUUCACUCAAAACGAAAGCCGAUUUGCUGAUGAAGCCACUUUGAAUAAAUUCAACGAGGAAGUGGAAGCUUUAACUAAGCAAAGCAGCCAAGAAAUCGGCGGAGUCAAGAUAUCAGAUUUGCCAGGUAGAGAAGCGCUGUACGAUCCAGGGCGGAAAGCUGGACAGAUGAAAAUGAUUCGGGAGAGCGGAGGAGUAGUAGCGUACACUUGGGUGGAGGACGGCGAUAAAAGUCAUUGGGAAAAAGUCGGAGACGUGCUUGGAAGCACAGAUAAAACUAGUCAAGAUAAAACAAUGUACGAGGGUAAACCAUACGAUUUUGUCUUUACGGUGGAUGUGGAAGACGGAAAGCCUCCUUUGAAACUACCGUACAAUAAAGGAGACGAUCCGUAUCAAGCGGCUCAUAAUUUUCUGGCGAAAAAUAUGUUGCCGUCGUCGUAUUUGGAACAAGUGGUCGAUUUUGUUUUGAAAAACACUCAAGAGCAAUAUGUGCCACCUAGCACGGAGUAUGUUGAUCCUUUUACGGGAGCCUCGAGAUACACCCCUGCUGGCGGUAAUAGCGGUCAAGGGUUCACUGGAGCCAAUUUGGACCCAUUUACAGGUGGCAGCAGCUACUCAACUUCCGCUAAUCAACCAAAGCCGAGUUCAACUACUGUUAGUUCUUCAGAGCAGGGCAGAUUCUUCCCCAUUAACUCAUACAGAACCUUCGAAAUGGGCGACUCUAACGUAAUUUUAGGAAAACUGAAAGAAUUUAAUGGAAAAGGUGGCGAUGGUAGCAAUGAGUCAAUUAAUGAAUCGUACUUAGAAGAAUUGGUGAAAAUAUGCAACGGACCCCCCGAUGAUCCCAACUCGUUUGAUAUUUUGUUCAAACUGAUGGAUUGGCCCGACGAAAUCGUGUUUCCCGUUAUAGAUGUGGUGAGAAUGGCGGUGCGACAUAAAAAAAAUAACGAAGUAAUAGCGAGAGCUAACAAUGGAAGUAUCCUUGAAAAGCUUUUGAGUUUUGUGAGUGAAAAUUGUAAAAUAGCGAAUAAUGUCGUUGUAGCUUUGCGAACUUUGAGUAAUUUAUUGAUUCAUGAGUAUGGAGAACAGCUGGUGUUCGAGCACCGAUUUGACAUUGUAGAAAACGUGACCGCUUUAGGAGUUCUCAAUAAGAAUGGACAGAUUGCUCUGGCUACACUUCUGCUCAAUAUAUGUAUUGUAAGUCUGAAGAAAAAAGACGACGUGGGUGUAUCUGUGCUUGCCGACGUAGUUCCGGAUAUUUUAACCAAACUGAAUGAUCCUGAAUCACAGUUUAGGGCAUACGUCGCUCUGGGUACUCUCCUCACUGGAAGUAAUUCUCUUCAAAGUGAAAUAAAAACCAAAGUCAAGAGCAAUUCUGGAUUUGUUAGUGCCUUACAGUCACAUUUGUUGUCAAGGCAAACAGAUUUGGAAGAAAAACGAAGGAACUGUGCCAGUCAAGUGCAAGACAUUCUUAAUAUAGGUUUCUAAUCAAUAUAUAUUUAAUAAAUUCAGUUUUUUCUA